AUGUAUAAAUAUCAACAGAAUCUAGGAACGCGGUCGUAUGGAGGAGGAAGUACAUCUAGUUAUGAUACUGGACGUUAUUCAUCCACACGACCUACAUCAUAUAAUGAAUAUUCACGUUCUACUACCAACUUAGAUACAGACUAUAAAAAGUUAUAUGAAGAAGAGAAAUCCAGUAAUGAAAAGUUACGUAAAGAAUUAGAGCAGUGUAAACAGGAAUUACGCGAGUCCAAGAAAGAACUGGAUCGAGUUAUGAGAAAACAGAAUGAUAGAACAGAAUCAACCAAUGAAAAACGAGAAAAACGAACUUUAGAAAGAAAAAUAUCUGAGAUGGAAGAAGAACUGAAGAAAAUGGAGUCAUUAAAGGCGGAUAAUAAUCGUUUGAAGGAAGAGAAUGGUGCUCUUAUUCGUGUUAUUAGUAAACUGUCCAAAUAGACAUCAACCCUUCAUCUAUCAGCUCAAAAUAUACUGAAAAUAUACAACAAAAAAACGUGAUAGACUUAUAAAUAUAAUGACGAUAUACUCGGAAUAGAGAAUUGGAAUUUUAUCAUGGAUAUUCCUCGGACGAUCAACUCGGAAACAUUCUCCAUUAUUCCAUAUUAUCAUCUUCCAUCAUGGACUCACAGACAUGCUGUCACCGACUUAUUCACUCGUAAAUUGUGUAAAUCACAAUAAUAUUAUUAUUAUUAUUAUUAUUUAAAACUAGGUCACAUGGUUUCCCUAAUUGGCCAAUCACGACACAGAUGUUUUCAAAAUUUAAAUUUGAAUUUUGAAGACAUUUUAGUAAUGUGUCAUUAGCUUAGAGUUUCUCCCCACCUUUCUGACCCUUUUUUAUUUUGUGCCCCUCCCCCUUUCACUGAUACUUGCCCCUUUUUGAUCCAGAUAUGAUUUCUUUCCUCAUAAAAUCUCUCACUAUGCCUCAACAGGCCAAUCCUUAUGUAGAUUUAUGUAUGGGCCCUUAUUCUUAAAAUCCACUCUGGUUAUAGGGGUUGAAAGUCGAAAUUCUCUUGCCUUGAGGAAUAUUUGAACUUGUAGCACCAAACUCCAGAGGAUGAAGGUUUCAAGAAUGAGGGCCCAGUCUUUCAACCAAUGGUUUCUAUACAAAAAAUCUUGCACAAAAUAGUGAAAUAUGCAGGGGGACUACUGAAAUUUAUGGUAAAAGCCUUAAAUUUUGCAUAUUGCAUAUUUUCACUGUAUUGUUUGUUUUUUCUUUAAGAAAAACAUUUAACAUGUAUAUCAAUUUCAUUUCACACAAGACGCGUAUCAAAAUCAUGCUGGUAUUUACAGAAAUUUUCAAAAUUCUCUUUAUAUUUACACGUUGAAGGUUGAAAACACUCUGUGAAGUAUGAAUGUUAAUGGCUUUAAGAAACCAAUUUGUGAGAAAUUAGGAACUGAUAAAAUCCCUUGGUGAGGAGAUUUUCCGUUUUUCUUUUUUACAAAUGUCUCAACCAAUCUUAUGCUAAUAAAGAAUUAAGAACAAUUUUGAAAAUUUCUGUAAAUCCACACCCCUUAAAUAUCAUCUGAGUUGAUUGGAGAAAAAUGAAUGUGAAAAAUACAUGAAUCACAGGGAUGAUUAGAUUUAUAUCAGAGCUGAUCAAAAAAAAAAACAGCAGAUUUCAUACAAUUUGGAGAAAAUUUAUUUUUCUCAUAAAAUCUUUCGUUUAAUAUUUUCGAAUUUUUUUUCUGAAAAAUUUGUAAAUAUUUUUAUUUAUGUCGUUCGUUUGUUUGGGUAUAAUUUUUUAUUUCUAAUUUUUGAAAUAUAUAUUUACAUUGGAUUUGCACUUUGAGAAAAUAACCGUUUUUUUACCUCCUGUUUUUGCUACAGGGUAAACUUUUUUCAAAAUUAUUAUUUUUUUUGUAAAUAGUUUUAAAUUCGCUUAAGUAUUUUGCUUGAUUCCCUUUUUGUAUAUUUUUCCAUUUAUUUGAUUCCUAUUAUAAAGGUAUAUUUCAUUUUUUGAAGACUUGCAACUUUUUUGCAAGAAAUUAUAAAUUUGAAAAUAAGCCUUCAUUUUCAUCUCAGUGAGUUUUUGGGUGAAAUUUAUAAUUAGCAUCAAUCAACACCUUGCUGCAAUGGAGCAUAAAAGAAACAUUGUACCAUCAUAAUGAUAAUGUUGUGAAAAUAUCUGAUUUUAAGAGAUUUUUGGUUUUCAAAUUUUCUAAAUUAUUUGAAAGAUUUUGGUACUUUUUAAGACGAAAUUUAUUAAAAUACAGAACAGAAAUUGUUUUGAAAUUUGAAUUGUGGGAUUGUUUGAGAUACGUUGUGUACAGUUUGGUGUUGUAAUGUGCGUUUGUGAAAUGAAAUUGUUAAAUAUCGUAAAUGAAUAUCCACUAUAUUAUUAAUUCAAGAUAAAAAUAUUUGAUUGUGUUGCGACAUUAAUAUAUAUCUAACUUCUAGAUUAGAGUCUACUGUAAUAAUUAGGUCUUGACAAAAAUUUU